AUGGCCAAGUUUCUAUUUAUAUCAGCAUUGGUGCUGCUUAACUUGAUCAGUCUUUCUUUGGCAACAACAACAGCACUUGUUACAAUCGGAUCUACAGCUGGCUCAGAAACUACAGCAGUUUUACAAACUACUGCAGGCUCACAAACUACAGCAAUUUUACAAACUACAGCAGUUUUACAAACUGCUGCAGGCUCACAAACUACUGCAGGCCUACAAACCAAUGCAGCCUCACAGACUACUGCAGGCUCACAAACUACAGCAAUUUUACAAACUACUGCAGGCUCACAAACUACAGCAAUUUUACAAACUACUGCAGGCUCACAAACUACUGCAGGCUCACAAACCAAUGCAGGCUCGCAGACUACUGCAGGCUCACAAACUACAGCAGGCUCACAAACUACUGCAGGCUCACAAACCAACGCAGGCUCACAAACUACUGCAGGCUCACAAACCAACGCAGGCUCGCAGACUACUGCAGGCUCACAAACCAACGCAGGCUCGCAGACUACUGCAGGCUCACAAACCAACGCAGGCUCACAGACUACUGCAGGCUCACAAACCAACGCAGGCUCACAUACUACUGCAGGCUCACAAACCAACGCAGGCUCACAAACCAACGCAGGCUCACAGACUACUGCAGGCUCACAAACCAAUGCAGGCUCACAUACUACUGCAGGCUCACAAACUACAGCAGGCUCACAAACUACUGCAGGCUCACAAACCAACGCAGGCUCACAAACUACUGCAGGCUCACAAACCAAUGCAGGCUCGCAGACUACUGCAGGCUCACAAACCAACGCAGGCUUGCAGACUACUGCAGGCUCACAAACCAACGCAGGCUCACAGACUACUGCAGGCUCACAAACCAACGCAGGCUCACAAACUACUGCAGGCUCACAGACUACUGCAGGCUCACAAAGCACAGCCGUGCAAGACAAUACAGUUACAUCAGGAGCGAAUGACACUGUCACGUCCAGCACCGAUGACACCAUGACAGACGACAGCAAUACAACCUCAUCGUCACAAACGACAGCUGCAGCGGACACAGGUCUCUCUGCAGGUGCCAUUGCGGGCAUUGCCGUAGGAAGCUUUGUAUGUGCUUGUCUAAUUCUAGGCGUCGUCGGUGGGUGUGUCUUCAAAUGCAAGAACAAACAGAAAGUGGAGGAUAUCGAGAUGGCUAAUAGCAAGAUGGAAUUCGAGGAAAAAACAAAAAGCAAAGACAAAGAAACUUUGAUCAAAGAGUAA